AUGGAAGGAAUGCUGCAUAAAUGGACCAAUUACAUCAGUGGUUGGCAACCUCGUUGGUUUGUUCUUGAUGGAGGAACUUUAUCCUACUAUGACUCGCAAGAAGAUGCCUGGAAGGGUUGCAAAGGCAGCAUUAAAAUUUCCGUUUGUGAAAUCCAAGUUCAUUCCUCUGACUCCACGCGAGUUGACCUGACCAUACCAGGAGAGCAGUACUUUUACCUCAGAGCCAUCAAUGCAGCAGAGAGGCAGAAAUGGCUGGUGGCACUGGGAACAGCCAAAGCUUGCCUUACAGACAACCGGACAAAGAGAGAAAAAGAGCUUCAUGAGAACACAGAGGCACUGAAAACUAAGAUGUCUGAACUCAGACUGUACUGUGACCUUCUUCUACAACAAGUAAACAAGAUCAAGGAGAAUGAUGAGCUAGAAGACACAGCGGAGACAGGAAUAGACACUGGAAACAUGGUGAAGUCUACAUGCACCACUUUCCUUAAGACUCUAGAGGAAUGCAUGCAGAUAGCAAACCGUACUUUCAGUACGGAUAUGGCAACACAGAGUCCUCCAGGGUCUCCUCCAGUAGCAGCCAUCAAACCUCAGAAGAUUAAACCUGUCAAUCAUUUAAAUCAGAACCUUGGAGAAAAAUGGAGAGAUUCGGCUGAAACCUCAGGAGAAGCAAUUGCACAUGACAACCAGAGCCUUGACUCUGGAGCAGAAGGACCAGAUGAGCCUGUUGGACAAGAACAGCAUCAUUCCCCAUCAGAUAAUUCAGAUAUUGAUGCCGCCAACGGCAACAGCUCAGUCCACGAGGAGGGAGACGAUCCUACUUUACACACUACCCAGAAUACCUCUGAGAUUGAACACUACGACCAGCCAGCAGAGGGGGAGGAGGAGGAGGAAAAUGAAGCUGAUGAUCAAGAGGAGACAACACAAGAGCAGAUGCACAACGUGGACCAAAGUCAAGAAGAGCAUGACAACAACAACAAGGAAGCGAACGCCGUCCAGCCUCAGCACCAACAAGAAGCCGUUCCAGACCAAGAAGAGGCUCAACACGAAGGCGAAACCUCCCGAGAUUCAACCGAGUCAGACGACACAGAGCAGGUGGAAACUUUCUUCAGCACAAUGAGUAACAGAUUUAGUGAUAUAAGACUGGACGACGACAAUGGUAUCCCUACACAAGAGUUUUUGGACUCAUGCUAUGCAAUAGUACCUGUAUUAGACAAGCUGGGGUCCACAGUGUUUGCACCAGUUAAAAUGGAUUUUGUUGGAAACAUCAAGAAAAUUCACCAGAAGCUGAUGUCGGACCCGGACGGCUUCCCCACACUACAGUCCAUCGUGCUGCAUGAAGUCCAGACAGGUGUCGCCCGGGUGCGCAACUCGGCCACCGAGGCUCUGCUGUGGCUCAGACGAGGCCUGAAGUUCCUCAAGGAGUUCCUGUCAGAGGUUAAUGCGGGAGAACAAGACAUCCAGGGAGCGCUAAAUAAUGCCUAUGGAAAGACCCUUCGGCAGUACCACGGAUGGGUUGUUCGAGGUGUUUUUGCUUUGGCGCUGAGAGCUGCCCCGUCUUAUCCAAGUUUCGCCGCUGCCUUAGUGUCCACACAGGGCGAAGAGCUGAAGGCCGGCUUCACCAGCGGCAUGCACAGGGACCUGGGAGUGUACCUGCCCGCCAUGGAGAAUCAGCUGGCCAUCCUAGACGCCAUGUACGAAGAAUACAACCUGGAGUCUGACGAAGUGGUGUGAAACCUGAACAGAGAGAAGGAUCCGAGUUCAAGGAAGGACAGGACCUGACCGCAGGGGCAGAGUAUAGCGGCUGACUGCUGCAGGAGGGCGCCAGAUGCAUCGAGUGUAUCUUGUGUACAGUACAGAGUAGUGUGAGCAUGUCCCGUGUCAGUGUGAGGUGUUUCCAGUGGUUGUUAAUCUCUACGACAGUCGAGGUUUGAAGAAGGUAUUAAUGUCUGUAUUUAGGAGAACGCAUUAACAGUUGAGACAUUAUGGUUUGACAAAAUGUAGUUUCUGGGUCUUGUUUAAAAGACAAGUGUAGGGGUGUUGAGCCCUAUUAUGCAGACUCCAACCAUAAUGAUACAUUUGUUUCUGGUGCACAUUUUGUGGCUGUAUUGUGGCUUUUUAUGUACAGGUACAUAACCACAAGGCUCUAGUAACUUCCCUGGAAGAACACCAUUUGUGAUUCCCCUUGAACUGAAAUUUUUUAAUCAAGAUUGUCCUGUUGUCUUCAUGAAACCGAGUGAAAUAACAAAGCACUAUUUUGACAAAAGCAAUGUUCCAAUGCCCAAAAUAUAUAUAUUUGCCUUAAGUAUGUGAUGGAAUUACAUACUGGGCUAACAUUUAGUGUAUUAUGUAAAAAGUUAGUUAUUGCACUGACUGUUGAAGUUUAGAAUUUAUGAUCAAUAUUGAUUUUUUUGUUUUUUUCCUUCCCUGAAAUUUUAAUAUAAAUCCUGCAGUUUUGAAAAUGUAUUGUUUUUACAUCGCUAACAUGUUAUAUGAGUUAUUGCUCUAGAGACUUUUCCGUGGGACCAAAAAGGAGCUGUCAUCAUGUGAAUGUGGAUUUAGCCUCUGCUGCCUACAGUACCACAACACACAAGAAUGAAAUAACACAGUGGAGCUGUUAAAGUACUGACAACUGCUGAAUACUUUAGUGGACGACUUCUCUGCACAAACCUAUGCAUCGAAUGCAUUUUCACAAUGUCUAUUUAUUAAGUAAGUUAUAAAGUUCACAUUAAUGUCAUGGGGAUAAUUUGCAGUCCAGCUCUUUGUGUGAAUGUAUGGAUGUUUGUAUCCAUAGAGCAUGUUUAUUGAUUGCAUGGUUUUAUGUAUUAAGGUGCCAAUGGAAACUGAAUUUAGGCCAAGGACUUGAUUUAACCAAGUUAAUAAAUAAUCCUAAAGGGGGAUAGAUUGAUAGAAAGUUAAAAUACAUUGCUUCUCCUUCAUCUCUGUACUGAUAAUGAACAGUAACAUUCAGCUACUCAUCAUCUCGUCCGUGCACUGUUCUACAUUAACUUGAGCGUUGUUACCAGCCGUACUUAAUAUUUGAUGAUGUCGUUACAACAAUGAAAAAUGAGCGGUAAGACUCCCGGCCAGGUUUGUCCAUAGAGUUACUGAGCCAUUCGAACAAAGCAGGAACAUCCUCAUAGGGCUUUUUUCUUUUUUUUACCAAGACAUACCGCAUAGUAUUUUUUAACUUUAUUCUAACUUUUCUUUUGUGUUUUCAGGAAUGCAUACAGUAAUAAUUCUCCAAGUAAGUCAUUUUGCAGCAGGUUUAUGUCACAGGUGUGCAAUGGGCAGAUUUCCUGUUGCAGAUAAAUUCCAAUGUUAAUCCUGAGAAUACGUCAUUGUAAUAUUGCAAAAAACAUUUGAUUUGGUUUUUCUAUGACUGUAUAUAAGAUGCUAUUUGAUUUUUACAUAAUAAAUAAUGAAGUUGU